AUUUGAUUGAAGCCACAAGAGACUGAAACCAAACUGUGGCAGCACCUGGUUUCUCACAGUGCAGACCUCUUGGGCAAAAUGAUGUCGUUCUUUAUCGGGAGUUUAGUGUUUGUAUGGAGCCUUACAGGGUCCUUCUACUGCUCUGCUCAGGUGACAGUACCAAACCCAGUCAUUAACGUGACUGUUGGUCAAAGUGCCACUCUGAACUGCGCAUACAGCUUUCCUGGGUCCCAAACAAACAACCUGAAUAUACAAUGGAGUCUUAUAGAAGCUCAGUCACAGGAGCCGGUUGUUGUUUAUGUUUUUGGAAAUGGAGUAUCAUAUGCAAUGGGAAGGUUUAAGAACAGAGUGACAGCAUACAACGGCACUGGUAACGCUUCAAUAACUAUUUCAAACAUGCAGCCACAGGAUACCGGAUUUUACUCCUGUGAGGUGACCAAGUUACCUGAUAUCGGUCAAGCACAUCUUCGGCUGGUUGUACUGGCCCCACCAUCUACUCCACACUGCAGCAUCGAAGGACACAUGGCGAUUGGACAUGCCGUUACUCUGCUGUGUAGUUCCUUAGUGGGGAUGCCUCUCCCAACCUACACCUGGAACAUAUUAAUCAAAGGAGUUCUGAAGCCACUACACAUGGAGCAGGAGAAUGGAGCCGUGACUAUAGGCAACAUGACAAAGUUUGAAGAUGGAUACUACCAGUGCACAGCAAGCAACAGCCUGGGCAAUGCAACCUGUCAACUUGAUCUACAUACAGGGGGUGCAUCAGGGGUCAUCGUAGGAGGAGUUAUUGGAGCAGUUAUCUUGGCAACACUUAUUUUUGUCAUCAUCUGGUUCGUUAUUGCAAAGAAGAAGAACAAAAAACAAACAGCAAGUAGUGAAAUGAAAAAAGUUUCCUCUUCAGGUCAAUCGCACCCUGAGGUAGAGGAACCAGCCCGCCAGACCCUGGUGGUUUCGGAGCCCCCAGAAGCCAAGGAAUAUAGAGACCAGCCUGAAAACAUGGCUGCCAAUGGAGAAGUAGAAGAUCCAGCUGUGUAAAAGGCCGUUUCUAGCCAUGAGAUGCAGAUUUCUCACUGCAAGUUCAGAUGUGCUCUACAACUGAUGAGCAAACGCAGGGUGUGGUGAGACGCUCCCUGUAUCGGAGGAGAAAUCGAUUUUUUAAAACUAUUUUUUAUAUUUGAUAUUUUUGGCUUUUAUUGUUUAAACCACUUAUAAAUAGUAGCAUUUUUAGUGGUAGUAGAUGUUAUACUGAAAACGGUCUUGUAUGUAUAAAUACCUUAAUUUUAAACAUUGAGGUUGUAAAAACCUAAAAAUAUCAGAUGUAUGCAGUGUUUUUAUAAUCUGGCAGUAACAAGGUCAUGCCACACCAGAAUUUCAGAAAAGGAAGAUUUUACAAUCGAUUUCAAUCCAAACACACCCGAAUUACAUGGAAUCCAGGUUUCCUGACUUAUUCUCCACAAAAAAGACUGACAAUGUAAGACUGACAAUGUUUAAAAAAAAAAAAAUGUAGUCUGGAACUAAUUGUGAAGAGCUUGUGUCAUAUCUCUAAAUAAAUAGGCUACUGGCCACUAAGUUUAUUCUUUCACAGAAUCAUACACGUUUGUACCUCACGCUUCAAUGUUACUGGACGACAUAAAACGUGGACACCCACAAACACAUUCAUCAGUGCAUUCCUACUUGCUGGGCUUUGGGCACACAUAAUUGUAAAACCAACCAGUGCUACACUAGUUACAGAUGUGUCCUCAUACAUUUAGCCUCAAUACACUACAUAGCGGUUAAUGCCUGGCGUGAGUAAGCUAUGCAAAUAGGACACACAAGCAGACUCUGCUGAUUAAAGUGAUAUGCAGAAUGCAUAUAUUCUCUGUGUGCGUCUGCGGCUGUAACUGCAUAUGAA